AACGAACAGAAGUAACAUAAAGAUUGACGCAAUCUAACACAAACACAUCACAACGCUUCACAAAACCAACACAAACACACUCUUUGUGUCGCGUUCUUCUUCAUUAUUAAUAAUUAAUUAAUGAUUAUUAUUAAUUCAUCUUUAUAACGCUCGGCGCUUCAAAAUUUCAAAUUUCAUGGAUGCUUCUUCUCUUCAUUGAAACCCCAAUGGCUGAGAUCGAGACUUGUUCUUCACAAUCAGCAUCCAAGAACAGGGCAGGUUUGGAAAUUUGCGAAACGAAUUCGUAUAAUUCAUCACAAUUACAAAGAACUAAAGUUAAAGGGAAGGGAAUAGCGUGCAAACGACGAAACCCUAGAGUCUCUGUUCGUCGCACAAGGGGUAAUAAUGUUGCAGCUAUUGGUUUUCCUCUUGGAAUGUCGGUCGCCGCUGUUAUGGCUCAGGUGUUGUACAGAAGAGAUGCAGCAGCUGAGGGUAUGUCUCCAGAUCAUCUUUCGUCGAUGUGCACGUCUGCAAUCCAAGAAUCUCUAUCCAGUGUAUUUGGAGACAAGCUAGAUGGUUUGACAAGGAACUUUGAGCAAUCUUUUGACAGCACUUUGAGUACUCUUCGAUUAAUUUAUGAAUCACCAGCUAGCAAUGAAGGGAAUAAAUUGAAUAAUAUGAGGUUGGAAAUUCCAAGUUCUAAAUUUAUCAGAGGAGAUUGCUCACGUGAUAUUGCUAUCGAGGAAGAUCAACCAGGGCUACUGUCACACGCACACGCUGAAAUCGUAGAUCAAUCAAAUAGGCGUGAAGAGGUUGGGGAUAACUUCCACAUGGAGUCAGUUACUCGUGAUGUUGCUUUGCAUGGGCAAUCAAACCAAAUGGUUUGUUUCGCUCCACCCUCUUCUGGAGCUUUAGUUAAUAAUCCUGUGAUCAGUACAUUUGAGAAGUCUAUUAUGGAGCAAUGCCGUUCUAAUGACCUCAAGACUGUUGAACUUGGUCUUACAAUGAAAAAAAUGAAAUUGAAAGAGACAGAGUUGGCUCUCAGAUACGAUUUAAAUGAUCUGCAGAGAUCCAAGUUAGCUGUGGAUAUAUCAAAGACAUCAUUCAAAGCUGAAAAGUUUAAGACUCAAUUAGAAGAUACGAGAUAUGGUGAACUAAAUAAGAAGUGCAUAGACUGUCUUAUUGCUGGUCUGUUCAUUAUGUCAUCCUCACUUUUUAUGGUGCUUAUGUUUAUAACUUUGAACGGAUUAAUGAAGCUGCUGAGUCAUGUACUCCAGAAGAGGAAUCUUCCUACUGGUGGACUCCGAAGUCAGUGACCUGGUUAAAUUCAAGUGUGCAUGUUUUUUUGUGCCAAGUUCGAGUUGUGAGCCGAAUGGUGUUUGGUUUCUUAAUGAUUAUUGUAGUUGCAUAUUUGCUCUUCCAGCGGUCAGCAACAUUGUCAUCACAAACUAU